CUUUCAAACAAAAAAACAAAAAUUGUCGUUCGAACUCGUUAUUUUCGCAACAACAAAACUAUCUGGAAAAAGGAGAAAGAGCGUCUUCUUUUGUGCCGAAGAAAGAUGAUGUGGAAAUGCAACUGGUGUCAGAUUCAGAUGGCGUAAAAUAUCCUUUCUUCUCCAACGUUGGUUAGUAAGGUUAAAUUAACCUUCUUUGCUACUCCCAGUUUCUGAAGCUCAAGAUGGUUUUCAAUCUGUCCGAGGAGGAAGCCGUUAUUGUUUUUGAAACCAGUCGCGAUUUUAAAACAUUGAGAUGAAACUGGUACACAAAAACGUUGAAAAGGAUGGAGGAGGAUCCGUCGUUCUCAUCCCCGAAGAGUCUGAGGAUAUGUGGCACGCCUACAACCUGAUCAGCGAGGGUGACACGGUGAGAGCUUCUACUAUAAGAAAGGUUCAGAAUGAGUCCUCUACAGGAUCGUCGACCAGCUCGAGGAUACGAACGAUCCUUACCAUCCGAGUGGAAACCAUCGAUUUUGAUACACAGGCUUGCGUCCUCAGACUCAAGGGUAGGAAUAUCGAAGAGAAUCAAUAUGUCAAGAUGGGGGCAUACCACACAUUGGAUCUAGAAGUUAACCGCAAAUUUACGUUGACAAAAGCCGAAUGGGAUUCUGUUUCACUGGAACGUGUUGAUAUGGCGAGUGAUCCAUCUCAAAAUGCUGAUGUUGGGGCUGUUAUUAUGCAAGAAGGUUUAGCCUAUGUUUGUUUAAUAACAUCCAGCAUGACUAUAGUGAGGAGUAAAAUUGACCAAGUUAUACCCCGGAAGCGAAAAGGAAAUGUUAAACAGCAUGAGAAGGGUUUGAGUAAAUUUUUUGAAAGCGUCAUGCAGGCGAUUUUAAGGCAUAUCAAUUUCGACAUAGUCAAGUGUAUUUUAUUGGCCAGUCCUGGGUUCGUGCGUGAUCAAUUCUACGAUUUCAUGUUUCAAGAAGCAUUGAAAACUGACAACAAGCUUUUGAUCGAGAACAAGCCGAAAUUCUUGCUUGUACAUUCUUCCUCAGGGUUCAAACAUUCUCUGAAAGAAAUAUUAAUGGAUCCGGCGGUAAUCGCUAAAAUGGCUGACACAAAGGCAUUAAGCGAGGUCAAAGCUCUGGAGGCGUUUUACACCAUGCUUCAAAAUGAACCUGCUAAAGCUUUCUAUGGGUCAAAACAUGUUGAAAAGGCCUGUGAAGCUCAAGCAAUAGAGACACUACUCAUUUCAGAUAACUUAUUCAGAUGUUCCGAUAUUCAACAACGAAAGCGAUACGUUUCACUCGUAGACAAUGUAAGGGAAUUUGGCGGCGAUGUCAAGAUAUUCUCUUCUAUGCACGUUUCCGGAGAACAAUUAACGCAGUUGACCGGAGUUGCAGCGUUGCUCAGGUUUCCCAUGCCAGACCUCGACGAAGAAGAGGAAGAAAGCGAUUCAGAUACGAACGACUAACUUUUUACUUUUCAAACUGCGAGAAAUUUUUGAGUUGCAGUUUUAAAUAGCUACCGAGAACAAAAACAUUGUUGGUCGUAGGAAAACAGGAUGAACCAUCUGGAGUAAUACUCAGUUUAACAUGGAUUGCUGUUAUUUAUCGUUUAUUAUAAACCUAACUUUUUAUUGAUUUUAGUUGAAAAUAAUCUCCUAAUGAGAUUGUAGCACAAUUCAUAAAAUUGUUAGUUAAUUUAUCUAUUUUUUCUGUAAAUAAUAUUAUUUAUAUUCAAUUCCA